CACAGUCUUCCUCCAGUCUUCUUGGUUAUGAUGUGAUGAACUCUGCACACCUGGAUCUCCUCUCUGCAGAUCCUCUCAGGCUCUGUCAGGUUGGACGGGGACCGUCAGUGGACGGCCAGUUUCAGCUCUGUCUACAGAUGGUGGACUGGGUUCAGGUCAGGACAUUGACAGACUCGUCCCUAAUCCACUGUGUUGUCUUGUCUGUGUGCCUGGUUUCCUGCAGACAGGACAGGUACUGGUACAGGGACACAUCAAAGGAAAGCCCAACAUAAAGUGUCUUAGUGAGGUUCUCUGUGGAUGGGGGAGUUGUCCUCUUGUUUCUCCGAUCAUUUUCAGAUUUUUCCUUUCAUUUGUCACUGUGUGUGUAGAAGCUCUGGGCUCCUCAGUCUGUCUGUGACACCACCUCCUGACUGCAGGACUCACACUGAGCUCUGCAGUGAAACGGAUCUGCCCGUUUGGAGGCGGAUCCGUCCCAGACUCAGCUGCUCUCAGGAUUCAUUCAGUGUGUUGGAGAUGUGGAGGAGCUUUUGAAGACCCAUUGGAUUGUGGUCUUGAAGCGUUUGGAAAGUCCGUAACGUCUCGGUGAAGUUUAAUGUAGAGAUCGGAAAGCUGCUUGUGGACCGGACCUGAUCAUUAGACCUGAGACCAUCUGGUUCACAGACUGUUGCAGGAGAAAUGUGGCGCACAUUGUCUCUGUUGGUUUUCUGUUGUGCUGUAAGUGGACUUGAUGUUCUGGACGCGGAGCCGUGGCGAGAGAAGACGCUGCAAACCGAAGCGACCGUGCGGGAUAAACCGGAGGAGGAUGCUCCCUCCGCGGCUCAGACGGAGGACAGUCUGCGGGGAGGAGAGCAGCAGUCCCCGGAGAGAGGAGCUCCCGCUGAGGGGACAGCGAAGCCUCUGGAGGAAGAGCUGGACAACCAGGAGAACAUCAUCAGCCAGCUGCUGGCUGAUUACGACAAAGUAAAGACUGUGACAUCAGGGUCCGACUGUGUGUGUCGCUGCAUUGUUCGACCAAUCAAACGCUCUGACUGCAGCCGCAUCCACGACAGCGACGCACCAUCACCGGCCCAGGAUUUCUACACUGUGGAGACGGUUACCAAGGGAACAGAUUGCAAGAAGUGUGUGUGCAUGGCUCCACCCUCAGCUGUCAACCCCUGUGAGGGAGAGUACAGGUUUAAAAAACUACAGGAGGCCAGCAAGGACGACAUCAAGCUGGCGACCAUCAUGGACCUGUUGGAGGGCUCUCUGUAUGGAAUGGACUUGUUAAAGCUCCACUCUGUCACCACCAAACUGCUGACCAGGAUGGACAACAUGGAAAAAGCCUUUGCCCGGAAUUUUACAGAGAGAGCAAGAGAGAAAGAACGUGUGAAGGAAAGACCAAAAGAAAAAGAGAAAGAAAAGAAGGCCCAGCAGAAAAAAAAGAAAGUGAAUGAUUUGGAUCAUGCGGGACAGAAAAAGUCACCUGCCUACACCAACAAGCAGAAAAAUUAUGAAGGUCAGCUGAAGAAGAACCAACAGCAAGAUGAUCUGGAUCAACAGCCAAGCAGGAAUAAGACAGGAACUCAAAAGCCAGUCAAAGAGAAGACAGAGCCAAGGCAGCCAAUCAAAGACAAGAACAACAUGGUCAUCAGGGGCAUGACCUUUUACAAGGCAGAGGAAGAGAGCUAUAAGGAGGAUGACAGAGCUACUCUACCUGUAAAUACUUCACUGGACUUACUGAUCUCUGACCAGCUCCCCCCUGGCAGGACUCUCCCUAUCCAGAAACCAGGACCUGCACCCACUGUUAGCACAGACCCAGACAACAAGGACCUAUCAAGGAGACAGAGUAGUUAUGCACCAACACAGCAACCAACAGAUCAUCCCACUACCACCCAACAAACUACAACUACAACCACACCCGCUCCCUCCAGCAUGAAACUGGAAACGACCACUACAACAAAACCAACAACAACCAAAGUCACAACCACUUCCCAACAAACUACAACUGCUAGAACUACUAUUCAGCCUACCACGCCUGUCACUCAACAAAGCACCUCAGCUUCAGAUCCCAAUAUAGGUCCACCCAAUGAUGAGUCUCCCACAGCAGAGUCGAAGCCAGGACCCAAAAGUCGACUCAGCUGGACAGAGAGCCCCGGUGACCAACCAAAGGCCACCAAAAAGCCUGUGGUGUGUAAGGACACCGUAGCCAGCCUCUCUGACCCAGUCCAGUACAACUCUUAUGGCCUGAGUGACGGAGCCUGGAUGAGAGAUGCCCGCGGACAUGGCAACGUCAUUUACCUGACCAGUGGUCACUAUAGCAACAACCUCCUAGAGUUCCGAGACAUGGAUACCUUCAAAUCAGGUCAGCCGAGUAACUCAUACAAGCUGCCAUACAGUUUCACUGGAACAGGCCACGUGGUGUUUAAUGGGGCUUUCUACUACAACCGUGCAUUCAGCAGGGAUGUCAUCAGAUACGACCUGAGACACAGAUACGUCGCUGCCUGGACCACACUGCAUGAUGCUUUACUAGAGGAGCAAGCUCACAGGACUCAGAGUGAAGUGGAGUUUGCUGUUGAUGAGUCCGGCCUGUGGUUACUCUACCCUGCUAUGGACACAGAGGGCUUUCACCAGGAAGUAAUUCUUCUCACACAUCUCCGCCCACGAGACCUUCAGCCAAUACGGAGCUUUCGCACAGGUCUUCGGCGUGGCCGCUAUGGAAACAGUUUCCUGGUUUGUGGCGUGCUUUAUGCCGUGGACAGUAUGGAGCGUCGUUACGCCAAUGUGACGUACGCCUUUGACACACACACGCUCACACACACCGUGCCAAGCCUUGCGUUCACGAACAUGCAUGAACACACCUCCCAGCUGGCGUACUGCCCACUGGACAAGAAACUGUAUGCAUGGGACGACGGACAUCAGAUGAUGUAUGAUGUCAUUUUCGCUUAUUAGCACAAGGAAUGGACACGAGAUGGAAGAAAGGGAUGGGUAGAUGGACGGUCAGUGAUUUGGCAUGUCCAGCCAGAGGCCAAACUGAGGCUGAGGACAGAAGAAAGGAGAUAAGAACUGAGCAGAUACCUGAUCAGUGUCUCAGUCUAACUGACCUCAGCUGCUGCUCUGCCACACUCACCACAGUCACUAUUAAACAGCCAGGGUCUCAUUUCCCACCUUUGAUCAUUGCGAGGGUUUUCUAAUAACAUUUCUAUGAACAGGACUACAUUUCUUCCAGUGUUUUCCACAGCAGCAGCUUCAGGGCUGCUUCCUCUGAUGUCAGCUCUCAGUGGAGACGAUGCUGAAUGCGCUCGAGGUAACCUGUAUAUAUAUACCUGUAUAUAUAAGUUUUAUAAACAACACAGUGAAAUGUUUUAUAAUGUUCAGUAUGAAAACAAACCAUAUUUGACCAUAUUUAUAUAUAAUUAUAUGAUAUAUAAAUAUAAUGUCAGGUCUUAUGUCUAAUCUCUACACAAUGUUCAGUUCCAAAGGUAAAAGCUGGUUCUGGCAAUGACAGAGGAUACAGAUACUUUACAUUUUAAGUGUUGCACACAGCGUCAAUAUCGUACCAUUCUUAUCAGUGUGUAAUGAAGCUGCAGCCUCCUCUCUGAUUGGAUCAAAGCCUGUACUGUAUGUUUUUAUCAUAUAUGUGUGUUUUGUGUGUUACCUUCUGUCCAGCAAUGAGAAUCUACAGUACAGGUAGAGCUUCAUCUGCCACUGAACUCAUUUAAAACACAUGCUCCUCAACAAGACAAGGUUGAUUUCAAUUGCUUUACUACAAGUUUGACUUUUUGUUUUUUUAAUUUAUAAUAAAAUGUUGCAAAAAGA